AUGGACCAUCAAGUUGAUGGAGGAAUAGAAAAGAGUGGAUUCGGAGGACUGCAGCAGCACACCGCUGGAAAGCCAUCUCUCGAAUGGGCUAAAGACUAUGCAGACAACCGGCAUGUGCUUCUUCGAGCUAGGAAUGAUCUCUCAACCUCUGUAGCUCAGACGGUGGCACGAACGAGCCAUCAGAAGCCAUCUCCUCCUCCUCCAACACCCACGAUGACUGAUGAACCAAAGGUUCCGGAAGAAACCAGAGUCCAUGAAUCGGUUUCUUCGACUGUGGCAGAAUCACCUCAAAUGCCGCCUGUUGAGUUACAGCCAAUUGUGGCAAUCAUUGCCACGCCAACUAUUGCUACCCCUGUACUUUCUUCCACCACACCACCACCAGCAAAGAACUCCCCUGGCAACAAGAACAAUCGAAAACGAGGAAUCCCGCAUGUUUAUCGAGACUUUUCCAGUGUACCUGAUGCUGCUGGCUUUGUGCGAAAGAAGACGGGUGGAGUUACGCAACCGUUUCCAGAAAAGCUUCACGAAAUGUUGGAAAUGGCAAACCAGCCCAAUGUUGUGACAUGGCUACCGCAUGGAAGAGCUUUUCUAGUUAGGAAACCCAAAGAAUUCACAGAACACAUCAUGCCAAGAUACUUUCGGCAGACCAAGCUGACUUCCUUUCAGCGCCAGCUCAAUUUAUAUGGAUUCCGUCGCAUCACACAGGGCCCUGAUGCCGGAGCCUACUAUCAUGAACUCUUUCUCAGGGGAAGACCUCACCUCUGCAUGCGCAUGCAGAGGCAGAAGGUCAAGGGGACUGGGCACAAGCAACCAGCCGAUGCGCAAACAGAACCCAAUUUUUACACCAUGGUACCUUCGCAUCUUAAGCAACCGGCCGAGCAAAGUCCACCACCUCUCACCACCAGUGUUCCAGCUCCCAAAGCAUAUCGGGAUCUGAGUCCUGGUUUGAGAGGUGUGCACGGGGCAGCUCAGCUUCUCAAGACGAUCGCAGCUGGAUUGCCUGGUUCGGCUUCCAAUUCUCCAUUCUCUCUAGGCCGGCAGGCUGUUGAUAUUCCAGCAUCGUUAGAUCCCCCAUCGUCGUUGUAUCAGUCCAAGCCGUUCCAAGAAGCUGUUUUGCUUUCGGCACAGCCAUCUCUCUCCCUUUUGGGUCGUGUGACUCAAGCAGACAAUCAAGGCGAAGCUACACCUGCCUUUGUCUGGCCACCAAUGCACUCAGCGCAAACACUCGUAGUGACAACAUCACCUGGACUUCCUUGUGGAACUGAGAAACAGCAAGAUUGGUCCAGAUUCAAGCCUUCAGGGCUAGCUACUUCCGAGGCUGCGACCGAAAACAAGGGCAUGCUGCCUCCUAACGGGAAGAAUCCAAAACUACAAUCUUCUAAUGCUAUCCUCGCCUCUCAGCCUGGACAAUCGGAAAAGGGCGAGUCCUCGGGAAGUCAUGUACUACCGGCUGCGAGGACUUCCUCUCCCGAGGUCAAUGAAUUUUUGAUCAAGCAGUCCACGGAUUUAAUCGAGAACAAAGUCAUGCGGGGAAUUGAAACUGAAGAGGCUUGA